UCUCUCCCACAGAUCAGCACAGAGAGGCCGAGAGACGAAGCUCCUCACUGCUCUCUCCUUCUUCAUCCCUCCAUCUUCUUCUUCUUCUUCUCCUCCUCCUCCUCCUCUUCCUCUCCUCCUCCUCCUCCUCCUCCUCUCCUCUUUCCUAAACCACAGAUUUCUCUCUCUCUCUCUCUCUCUCUCUCUCUGUCCGUCCGUCUCUGCUGUUCUUCUUCUUCUUUCUUUCUCUUCUUUUCCUCCUCUUCCUCUCUUCCUCUCUCUCUCCUCCACCCUUCAGACAGACAGCUUCAACUCUUGGCCUUCCUUUUCUUCAUCCUCAUCCUCAUCACCUUAGAGGAAGACGGACAGGGACCCCCUGACCCUCUCCCCCCCAGGGUCACCAUGGCAACGGUCAUCUGCACCCGUUUCACUGAAGAGUAUCAGCUGUACGAAGAGCUGGGCAAGUAGGUAUCCCCAUCUUCAUCAUCUUCAUCAUCUUCAUCAUCCUCAUCCUCAGCAGCUCUCUGCUGUCUUCACAUUCAUAUUUCAGUCUAACUGCACACAGAAUCAUCAUGAUAAUAUUAAUAAAUAAUAACGAUAAUAAUAGAGAUUAAAGAACUUGUGGUAAUUUUCUGUAUUUUUAUUUUUUAUUUUAAUGAAUUUUUUUAUUCGUUUACAGUUUUUAAUAUUAAUGAUAGUUUUUUUUCAGUCUUAAGUGACGAUUGAAAUGAUUUUUAAUUUCAGUAGAAAUGUCAUUUAAAAUCUUUUUAAACUCAUAAUUCUGUUUAAAGAUCACGUUCAGACUCUCUCUCCUGUUUGUGUUUUUAAAAAAAUGAUUCUUUCUUUACUGGUUUUUAGACGAUCAUGUUCUCAGUUUUAAAAAUCUCUCUGAUUUAUAACUCUGCUGGUUGAUUUCAUAUAAAGUGCACGUCGUCGUCGUCGUCGUCGUCGUCGUCGUCGUCGUCGUCGUCGUUGUUGAUGAAACCUGUUGAUUUCAGUGAGAACGAGUUCACAGACAGUCAGGUGAUUUAUGAUUUAUUGAUUGUGUAAGUGAUCAGUCGAACCCAUCAGAUAGAUCGAGGAUGGAGGGAUGGAGGGAUGAGUGUUUCACCUUUAUGACCCCAUCCCACACAUCGCCUACACACACACACACACACACACACACACACACACACACAUAAUGCCAGGUCUCUUACAUAAUGUGAUGUGGGUGGCAGAAUUCAGCUUUCAUAAGAAACACAGACGCAGAAAUCUUUCUGUGGAGAGUUUCAGAGAUGAGUCAGAGAGCAGGAGGAAAAAAAAACCUUUUCUUUAUUUCAGCAUCAAUAUUCACAAUAAAUACUCAAUAUUUCUGUUAUUGAUCACCCUGCAGAGACAGAACUGAUCCAGGCUGAGCCGCAGAAUCAGAGUCGUCCUGAACUUUAGUCCUAAAACACUAAAUCCUACAUAUCCCACGAUGCACCUGUGCUGUAAUGAGUUUACCUCUCAUUAGAGGCUCACUGAGGCAGAUAAUCUUCAUCAUCAUCAUCAUCAUCAUCAACACCAGCAGUACCAGUAAAAUAUGAUUUUACCAGUAAACCACCAUCUGUUCAGACGAAUUAAUGCAGAAUAAGAAGGAAAGAAUUUAAAGAUCGAACUUUCAGUUUUACGUCAAAAUUCACCUCCGAUUUUAGAUCAAAACACGGGAGUUAGGGGAAGAGUGAACACGAGUGAAAACAUGUAGGAGUGUGAACAUUAUAGAAACAUGUAGAGGUGUUAACAUGAUUAAAACAUGUAAACGUGAUAAAAAGAUGUGAAAGUGUUAACAUUUGAUAACAUUUAGAAGUGUUGACAUUAUUAAAAUAUGAAGAAGUGUUAACAGUAAAACAUGUAGAAGUGUAAACAUGAUUUAAACCUGCCGUCGUGUUACCCUUUGUAAUAUCAGUGGUUUAAUAAAAGUCUUGAAAAUGUCUCAACAUGAACAAAUGAAGGUUCUGAUUCUGGUUCUGAUUCUGCAGCAUCAGCAGUAUUUUUGACUCCUCAGAAAUACUUUCAUGUUUCUUCACUUCAGUCGUUCACAGUGGAAGUAUUUACAGUAUUCUUAAUUACAGCACAGAGUGUUCGCAGUUUUACAUCAGCAGGUAAAUCAGUACGAAGAACUCGAGCUGCGACGUGUCGGUGAGACUCGUCCUCCAGGAUCAGGAGUAGAAAGUAUCUGAGCGUCUCUCUGACGACGUCUCGUCCGUCUCUUCAGACAGAAUUCUGUUUUCUUCAAGAGUCGACCUGAUUGGUUCCUUCUCUUGUGUUUCCAGGGGAGCUUUUUCAGUGGUGCGGCGAUGUGUGAAGGUGCUGUCCGGUCAGGAGUACGCCGCCAAGAUCAUCAACACCAAAAAACUGUCAGCCAGAGGUGAGGACCUGAAGGAAGACAGUGAGCGGUUCACACUCACUGAGCUCCACUGGGGCUGAGUUAUAUCUGUGUUAUACACGAGGUCAGAGGUCAGGGGAGGUCACAUGUCAGACAUGUUUGAAGGUCAUUUGUGGG